AUGCCAUGGGGGUCUCAACGCCUGCAUGCUGGAGCUCUGAUCCGACAAUCUCAGCGACCUCGUAAGAUCCAUGCUCAUUUCCGCCACACAUAUAUACAACACAAUCAAUGGGUGCACCAUGAAUCAACAGCCAAAGACACGACAUCGCCGAACCAAAAGGGAGCAUCCAGAACAUCCACAACCACGGAAAGCAACACCUCAGAAGAAACAUUCCCACCAAUAUCAAUCAAGCUCCUCUCUGAGACUCAGCCACCCGAAGACCUGUCCCCGUUACUGACAACUUCCUUCUCGCACCUGCAAUCCGAAUACAAAACCCCGCGCCACCCGAUCGUACUAGCACAUGGCCUCAUGGGCUUCGACGAGCUACGGCUAGCAGGCAAGCUGCUGCCCAGCGUGCACUACUGGCGGGGCAUCAAGGACGCCUUCAAUGCGCACGGCAUCGAGUGUAUCACGACGGCGGUGCCGACGACGGGCUCGAUCGACGAGCGCGCCCGGGCGCUCUACUCGCAGAUUCUGGAGAAGCUGCCGCCGGAGCCGGAGCCGGAGUCGGAAGGGACGAAGAACGAAGCGGCCGAGCGUUCUGCAUCUUCCGGGAGCUCUACCAGUACUACCACUAUCACUGGUACGCAACCUCGCACCCCGAAAGGCCGCCAAAUCAACAUCGUCGCCCAUAGCAUGGGCGGGCUCGACGCACGCUAUCUGAUCUCACGACUGUGUCCGGACCCGGAGACCGAAUUCCGCGUCGCGUCGCUGACGACGAUCGCGACGCCGCACCGGGGCAGCAGCGCGGCGGACAUGCUGUUCCGGGACAUCGGACCGGACCUGCUCCCGCGGCUGUACAAGCUGCUGUCGCGGCUGAAGAUCUCGUCGGGCGCCUUCUCGCAGCUCACGACCCCGUACGUCAACACCCGCUUCAACCCCGUCACACCCAACUCGGCCCAGACCCGCUAUUUCAGCUACGGCGCCAGCGCGACGCCGCACUUGCUCAGUGUGUUUCGUGUCAGCCAUGAUUUGUUGGCCGUCGUCGAGGGCGCGAAUGAUGGCUUGGUUAGUGUCAGGAGUGCGAGGUGGGGUGAGUAUAAAGGCACCUUGGUCGGGGUCACGCAUCUGGAUCUGAUUAAUUGGACGAAUCGCAUCAAGAGGGUCGCCGCCAGGCUGGGCCUGGUUGAGCAGAAGUUCAAUGCCGUGGCUUUUUAUUUGGGUGUUGCGGAUAUGUUGGCUAAGGAAGGAUUGUAG